AAGCAACUCGCCCAACUAACGAUGUAACCACUAUUUCUGAGAAUGACUCUAGAACAGACAUUUUACUUACAGAAAUGGGUGAUACAGAGCCGAUAUCAUACGCCUCAUCAAAUUUUAUUGAUUCAACAGUCACUCUUGAAUUUGAAACGGCUAUAGUGACCCUAGAAGACUUUGAUAUGCUACAGAAACGAACAUCAACAACAAGCAUGGAUCGUCAGUCAGACAGGGUAACUCCCAAAAUGGAUGGAAUAACGUUUCAGAAAGUAACCGCUAAAGACCCUUUAAUUGCAUCGUCUGAGACAAUCGAAACAACUUCUGAAUUUGAAACGACAUUCAAACCUGAAUUAGGUAGAACCGAUUUGAUGACUACCAUUGUUUAUCCAGAAAGUCCCUCUACACUAAGCACAAUAAGGAAGGACACACAAGAAACAGUGAGUGCAGCUCAAGCAACCGAUGAUCUUACUUCAGACCUUGGUAGUUCAUAUAGUACGAUGCUUAAAACCAGACCCCCGACUUCUGGUGAGGACUUACAUUCAACUGCAGAAUUUGAAGAAGGGAAAACGACUUCAAUACUUUCUGAAACGGAAAUCGUCACCAAAACCACACCCAUCGCUAUAACACAAGGAACUACAUCGGAUUCAUUUACAUCACAGUCUCGAACUAUUUUUAGUCCCUCUGUUUCGGAUGAAUUAGUAUCUGUUACGUUAGACAUAACUACAGGGCACAUCAUCGACGAUUUAGAUGAGGAACUCACUCCAGAAUUAUGGCAUUUUGCUGAUAGUAUUUCUUCAUCGGCACCCAUUGAGAAUCCAUACCCUCCACUGCGAACAACUGAGGAAAGAGCGGUAGAUGGGAAAACGACUUCAAUACUUUCUGAAACGGAAAUCGUCACCAAAACCGCACCCAUCGCUACAACACAAGGAACUGCAUCGGAUUCAUUUACAUCACAGUCUCAAACUAUUUUUAGUCCUUCUGUUUCGGAUGAAUUAGUAUCUGUUACGUUAGACAUAGUAGAGCACAUCAUCGACGAUUUAGAUGAGGAAAUAACUAUAGAAUCGUGGCAUGGCACUGGCAUUACCUCAGCGACACACGCUGAUAAUUCAUCUUCCACAUUGCAAACUGAGGAAAAAGCAGAUGGAACGACUUCAGUUCUUUUUGAGGCGGAAACUGUCGUCACCAAAACCGAACCCAUCGCUCCAACACAAGGAAGUACAUCUGAUUCAGUUACGUCGCAGUCUCAAACUAUUUUUAGUCCGUCUGUUUCAAAUGAAUUAAUAUUUGUUACGCCUACAAUAGACACAGCUAAAGGGGACAUCACAGACGAUUUAGGCGAUGACAUAACUAUAGAAAUUUGGCAUGGCACUGAAUUUACUACAGCAACACCCACUGAGAAUACACAUCCCCUAACUGAAGGGAGAGCGAUUCCUUCAUCUUCUGAUGUAUCUGAUGUCAUAACUCGUAUUGUAAAAGAAGAAAUAACAGAAGGGGUAACAACCGUGGUUCCUUCAACUGAGGAUAUAAUAACAGCCUCUUCAAGUAACACAACGUCCACUAAUGUAAUGGCUCCUUUUACUACGACACCAACGAGAGCUGAAAUAUCUUCAUCUCAGGAAACUCCUGUUGUUCACACAUCCGAGGUCCGCACCUAUAUACCCAGCGAUGACGAGGAGAAAACAGGUACAUCCACAACCGAAGAUAGAACAUAUCCGAAUACAUUAUCCACUGAGGGUAUAACUGCUGCCCCAAUUACUCAAGAAAUACACACCGUAAGUGAGGCUACAGUAAGACCUCACCGAAGUACCACAGCAGAAGCAAGCACAUAUGCAUCAACGACUGUAAUGUCUACACCCUCUCCAAAAUUUCAAACCACAUCAAGACUCGUUUCAACAUCACCUGCCUUUGGAUUUUAUACAACCAAAUCGUCUAGUCAUGCUAGUAGUACAACGGAAGCAGGCUUCAAAACUACGAUGACUACACCUUCAAGACUCCCUUCCACGAGAGAUACUUCAUUUGCGCAAACUGAUCUGAAAUCCGAUUCACCUACAAUUACCAGAAAAUCUUGGUGUGAUGUGAAAUGCCAAGGACCGAAUGAAGUUUGCAUACAUUCUGAUGAAGGCUACUCCUGUAGAUGUAUUGAUGGCCAUGAACGGGUGGAUGACGUCUGCAGUGAGGUAUACACAUUCAAGGCUGAUGUUAAGAUAGUCUUGAUCAAGGGCAGGGAGGCCAUAUAUACACCAGAACUAACCAUCUCAUCAUCGACCUACUUCAAGGAGCUUGAGACAGAAUUUUGUAAAGCAAUGGAACUUACGUAUAAAACGUACAUUGAAAAGACAUCGUCAUUCUACCAUUGUGACGUCAUUAACUUCCGACCUGGAAGUAUAAUCGUGGAAUAUAUGGUUAGGUUUACGUCACCUUCCGUCAACGAGGCAAUGCUCAUGAACGAAACAUUGGUUUACUUGGACAAGAAUAACGGAACAUUUCCUCGAGAGAUUAGUCUUGAAUCAUCUCUCGUAGAAUAUGGGCCCGCCAACGAAUGUCUCCUUAACAUAUCCGACUGUGAUCCAGCGGCUAAAUGCAUCGAUAGAGGAUCGGCAAAAUUUACCUGUAGAUGUUCUCCUGGCUAUGAUGACCUAUAUGAGGAGCAGCUUCCGGGUCGCUAUUGCAGCGCUACGCAUCUUCCACCAUAUAUGCUUGCAACUUGGGUCAAAGUCGUCAUCAUCCUUGGAACCAUCGUCAUCAUCAUCCUCAUCGUUCUCCUCGCCCUGUGCACGAUGGGGAGAAGGAUGAGAGGAAGGCGAUCUGAAGAGUAUACCGCUGGACACUCAGAGGCGGGAUCUACCACGUUGCUAGGAUACGGGUAUCGCAAGACGAACGACGUGGAAGGUAUUUCUUACAUUAGUCGACAUAGCACCCUGGAGAAAAGAGAAGCAUCUUUGGUUGAGGUCCAUCAUGAAGAAGAAAUGACCGAAUCUCCUCGAUCUCAAACGGACUCUGAGGUCAUUCGGACGGGUAUCCGGCCGUAUGAAUGCGAGGAGGUUCUCGUAUCGAAGGAGAUGGACAGAGAAUUGCAAGCUCGGAUGGACAAUAUUGGUCGAUUUCUGAAAUACUCUGCUCCAUUGAAUGAUUCACUUGGCGCCAGAAUUGAUUAUUCUCUAAUGUAUAUUCCCGAAGCUCCGACGAUUCCCUUAAAUCAAAGAAGGCGAUCUGCAGAACAGCCAACAGAAGAAUUCCUGGACUCAUUACCGCAGACGUAUCUUUGAAGGGGACAUGAUUCACCCAGUCAAUAUACCCAGGAUACCGCUUGUGGAAUAACGGACUGAACUUUCGUUGCAAUCUGAAAGUGUUUCACCCAGAUCAUGUUACCGGAUCACACGGCAUGUUGCAACGUCGGUUGUUCGUGCACCAAUGGGGAGUUUUCACAUUUACUACAGAGACACUCUGUACAACCCAUCGAUU